AAUAAAACUCGUUGUUAAGUUUCUGUUUGGGAUGUUUGUAUCAAAAUUAAGUGGUAGUAUAGUGAUUUUAGAAGACCUUCUAAAAUGAUGUUAGCCAACGGUUAAGAAGUCAGACACGUCUAGAAUGGAAGGCAGAAGGCCACCAACAGCACUCUACCGACCAAAAUCUAGAACAGACUCAAGUAGUGUUAGUGGAGGUAGGACGGAUAGCGGUCGGUUGCGUGGGGAUGGCGGCGGAGGAAGCAGCGACGAAGAUAUAAUGUCCAAGGAUCUUAGACAACGUCUUCAAGACGAAGCAUCUUUGUACAGAAAACGCUUGGACACUUACAAGCAAGCCCAACAGAAUCAAGCAGCACUCGUCAGUAGAUUGCAAGCCAAGGUACUACAAUAUAAAAAAAGAUGCGCCGACUUGGAAGCGCAAAUGUCUCAAAAUCCAGUAUAUGCAGACCAACCAGUUUAUCCAGUAUCAACACACGUCCCAAGUUCUGCAGUGGAACAAGCUCAACAACAUUUACGGGAAGUGCGGGAAGAAAGGAUAAACGAUUUAGAUACAGCUCUACAACGUCUGCAAGAAGAACGCAGAAAAUCAGACAGAUUAAUGCAGCUCAACAUAUCGCUUAGAGAACAACUUGAAGAAUCUCAUAAUACGAAUGAGGCCUUGACUGCAGAUUUACAAAAACUAACUAAUGAUUGGGAAAACCUUCGAGAAGAAAUGUCGCUUAAAGAGGACGAAUGGAAAGAUGAAGAACAAGCUUUUAAUGAUUAUUAUAGCACAGAACACAACAGGUUAUUAAAUCUUUGGAAAGACGUAGUUGGUAUAAAGAGACUGUACAACGAAAUACAAACUAACACUGAAAGAGACAUCACGAAAAUUAAAUACGACGUUACUAGUAUUGGAAAAGAAAUGAUAAUGGCGUGCAGCAGAAUGGAUACAAAUUUGUUAACUGAAAAUAUAUUUGGAGGCAAGGAAAAACAUCAGUUGGAACAAGAAGCAGAAGACUUGAAAUCUGAACUUCAAGCUUUGAAACUGCAGAUGGAAACUAAAAACAACGAAAUCCUGACGAAAGAUGACAAAAUUCAACAGUUGAAUAGAGAUUUAAACUUAUUGAAAGACAGAUGCGUAGAGGCCGAACACAAUUCUAGUCAAAUAAUGAAAAUGCAAGAAGAAAUCGACAUUCUUCAAGGAGCACUCAGGGAUAUCGCUCACGCUCUAAUACAAGACGCAGAAAAUAAAGAUAUGGAAUUGUUACAAUCGACACAUCUACAUCUUAGUACUGGCACUCCUCUACCUCAAAAAUCGCCGAAAAGAUCGGCUCGCAGUAUGACUUCUCCGGCAGCUUUUGCCGAGAGUACGAUUUCAGCUGUGCAAGCCGCUCUUCACAAGUACCAGUCAUUCAUUCAUGAACUACAGGUGAAACUCCAAUCGAAUAAGGAGCAACUUUUGUUAGUUCGUAAACAAUACGAAAAUUCAGAGAACAACGUGGCAUCUUUAGAGAACCGUUUAAAAGACGUGGUGUCCCAAUUGGACGCCAGCCACGCUCAAUGUUCCCAACUGGCUCAAGACCGAGACCUGAUACAAAAAAAUCUCGAUGCUGUAAAAUCGGAAAAGAACCAAUUAGACAGAAAUCGAAUAGAAUGUAAUGCUCUCGUUGAAUCACUUCAUCAAGAUUACGACAGACUGCAAAAAGCUAAUAACAAAUUACAAAAAGAAGUUGAUACGCUACAAGAUGAGAAGAUGUUUUUACAGACUGAGAUAGAUAGAUUGAAUCAGGAAGCUGAUAUAAGAGAGAUAAAUUUAAGAGGGGAAGAAGAUAGGUGCAGUAGAAUGCGCGAAGAAUUGCUAACCGUUAGAGAGGAAUUAAAUAAGUUGUAUUUAACACACGAUAUGCUGGAAGCUCAAAAAUUGGAAGCUGAUAAUCUUGUAGCUAACUUAGAAAAAUCGAAAGCCGAAUAUGAAAUGCAGCUCGAGAAAGUCUUGGGUGAAAGAACCGACGUUCAUGAUUCUUUAAUAAAGAAAGAAACCAUAGCAACAAAUCUUGAGCUAGAUAAGAAAAAACUUUUAGAAGACGUGAGAAAGCUAGAAGAAGAGAAGAAGACACUACAGCAUCAAUGUAAUGAUCAUCAAAGCGAUAUCCAAUCGCUUAGGAAAGAAUUGUUACAAGCUGAACAACAAAAAUUAGAUUUAGAAUCGGAUAAAGUGUCGAUAUCUGAAAAAUGUAAAUUUUUGGAAAUCGAAAAGGAAAAAAUUGAAAUGGAGUUGAAUCAAGUGACGAGAGAAAGAAAUGAACUGAGUAAUCAACUUAGUGUACUUGGGAGGAAGAGAGAUACACUUAAUGAGGAACUGGUUCGAUGUAGACAAAGAUUGGAACAAGCUAAUGAAACGAACGCUAGAGUCAACAGAACAUUGGAAGAUUUGGUUAAAGAAUGUGAAGAAAAACAGUGCACAAUUGAAGCGAUGGAGAAAGAAAUGAGUAGAACUCUAGAAUUGCUCGCAACAGCAAGAACUGAAAAGGAAACGUUAGAAGCCGUCCUCUUCGAUACUCAAACCAAUUUAGAAGCGUCCGAAGAUAAGAAAAAUCAGUUAGAAAAAGAUCAACAAGAUUUACUGAUACAAAAAGAAAAAUUGAAAGCCCAAGUCGCCAAACUAACCAAAGAUGUCGAAAGAUCAGAAAAGAAAUUUAUAGAAUUGAAGACCAGUAUGACGCACGCAGCGGGGAAUAAAGAAAUAGAAUUUAAACAAACUUUGGAUAAAUUGAAAGAACAAAACGAAGAGACGGUGAAAAAAUUAACGGAAGAAAGAGAGAAAAUAAGAACGUCGUUGGAAAAUAGGAUGCAGCAGUCGUUACACAAUCUGGCCAGCGAAAAAGACGCCGAGAUACAACAAUUGGUGGAAAGGUUGGAAAAUCUACAAAGUCACGUGGAAAACUUGUGCCAACAACACGAAGAGUUAAUGUUGCGAGCGGAAAAUGAUAAACAACAGGCUUUGUUAAUUGCUCAUCACGAUCAUCAAGCCUUACACGACAGACUCGAAGCUACGAGAAGAGAACUGGAAGAUGAACGCGACUCGUCCGAACGCCUAAAAAGGGAAGCUAACAGCCGUUUCGAACAAGACCGAACUAAUAUAAACAAACUAAAAGAAGAACUAAGUAAGUACAAGAAUAAAUUAGAAGAAGCCAAAGCUAGGAACGAAGAAGAAAUUAAUAAAUUAGAACAAAGAAUCGAAGAGAUCAGAACAGAGAGAGAUAGUUGUCAGAGUGAAGCGGAAAACUAUAAGAUUCAGUUACAAUUGUGUGAAAACAAAUCGGAAAGCAUCAGUAACCAAUUACAUGAAACUAUCAGGAAGCUUAAAGAAGUUGAAAAUAAUUCGGAAUCACUGAGGAAAGAAUUAACCGACGUCAGAAGAUUAUUAGCAGACGGUAAUUUCGAAAAAGAAAAAUAUCAUAAUACGAAUAGAGAACUACGAGAUCACAUCAAAAAAACGGAGAGUGAAAAAAGAGAACAAGCCAGGCAGCUCGAGGAUGCUUAUAAGAACAUUGCAAAUUUAGAAGAUAUUAAAUUGGGUUUAGAAAACGAGAGAAACCGCUUACAGAACCAGAUAAGAAAUCUGGAGACUGAACAGCUACAAAUCGAACACAAGGUGCAGGGACUUCAGGAGGAGCUGCAACGUUGCCAAGCGUCAAACAGUCAGCAACAAACAGAAGAAAAAGAGUUGCAAGCCAGGUUGUUGAAUGAAGUCGAAGAAAGAGAGAGGGCGCACCAAGAAGUACAUCAAUGUAGAAAACAAAUUUCAGAAUUAGAAAGGAGUUUAGAACACACGCGUCUUGAAUUGAAUAAAACGAGAUCACAUAGUAGUCAGUUGGAAGAACAAUGGCACGCUAGAGAACAGGAUCUUUUAGUGCAUUUGGAAGACAGUAAAUCGAAGGAAAAACGAUUAGAAGAUCAAAAACAUAAUUUAGAAGUUUGUUUGGUAGAUGCUACUCAACAAAUUCAAGAAUUGAAGGCUAAAUUAGGCGGUGCCGAAGGUAGAGUUAGGUCAUUGGAAAAUCAGCUUGUUCAUUUGGAUUCAGCAAAAAGAGAUGUCGAACAGAAACUGAGUAGUAUUAUAUCUACACUUCGAAGAAUAGCUGGUAUACAGUUAGAUGGAUCCGUUAAUAUACCUUACAGGCUUUUGAGUCCGUCGAGAAGAUGGAGCCCGGCUAGAUCAUACGAUGAUGGUAGAGACGGAACAAUUGAUAUUGAUCCUGAAGUAGUUCGAAAAGGAGUGAGAAAUUUAAUGCAACAAGUAGCGCAAAUUGAACGAGAAAGAGAUGACUACAAGACACAAGUACAAAUCACUAAAAAGCAACUUCAAGAAGCUCAGGAAGGCAUGAGUAAAGGCGAUAACAAAUUAACUAAAGUAUUACAAAGUGUUCGAGCUUUGCAAGAAGAAAAAAGUAGUUUAGAAGCCAAACUGGGACAAAAAAAUACCGAACUUCAAUCGCAGAAUCAAGCUCUUCAAAAGAAGUCCGAAGAAGCUAAAGAGAUGCGAGAGAAAUUAGUCAACUUAGAACUUAGUCUGAGAAGUGGCAAUGAACAAAAAUUACAAUAUGAGGAUAAAAUAGAAAAAAUGAAAGCUGCAUUAGAUAGACUAGAAGCAGAAAAACGAGGACUACAAGAAGAAUUGAAUAGAACAGAAAAUAGAUCAACUAAAUUGGAACUACAAAGAAUGUCCGCAGAAGGAGAUCUACAAAGAUUACAAAUGAUGUUACAAGAAAAGGAUACAAAUAUUCAGAAACUUCAAGAGAAAUGUGAUCGUCAAAGUCGUACAAUCGCUAGUUUAGAAGAAAGAUGCGUUUCACUAAAAUCAACGAUUGAUCAAAUGACUUUAUCGUUAGAGAAAGUUUCAGUUAGUGAAUCGGAAUUAAAAUCUGAACUUCAAAGUUUACAGAAAGCUUUAAUGGAAGCUACCUCGGCGUCGCAAGCCGGUGCUGAACGACUAAAACAGUUGCAAAAACAACUGGCCAACAGUGAAAACGAACGUCGGGUAAUCACAGAACGUUUUGAAUCUAUUCAACAAAACCUGGCGGAAAUGCGUAGAAACAACCAAGUUUUACAAGAUCAAGUAUCCAGAUUAAAUAACGAAUUAGCUAAUAACGAGGUCCAAAGAUCUGGAUUGGAAUCUCAGUUGAGGCUCGCUCAAUGGCCCACAGAAGCCGGAGUUUGUUCUCAUCACGAAGAAGAAUUAAAAAAUCAGUUGCAUGCUUUACAAAGGGAGAGGAACGAUCUGAGAACUAAAAUUGAAUCACUCAAUAAUAAGGUUCGACAACUGGAGACCGAGAAUCGAUCUUUAGAAAGACAAGCUACGAAAGGAGCAACAACCAUACGCAGUAAAUCUUAUGAGCGAGAUCGACCCGAAAAGUACGAAUCAGAAUCGAUGGUGAGUGAAAAUAGAGAUCUGAGACUCAGAAUAUCACAACUGGAAGCCGAGCUAUCGGAAAAAGAAGCAGAAAUUAAUCGAUUGAGGAAUCAAAGACAAACUACUUUAGAUUCUAAAUUCGAUAGAGCGGAAAUUGAGAGAUAUAGAGCGGCACAACUUCAAGCAGAAAGACUUUUAGAAGCCAGGGAACAGAGUCAUCGACAACAAGUUGCUAGACUAGAAAAUCAGAUAACUCUUCUACGCGAUCAACUCAAUCAAGAAAUCAAACGACGACAACAGUACGUCAUGAGAAGCAGCAAAGCCGGUAGGGAAAUGCAACAAUUGCGACAGGCUUUAGGGGAUUCUUUGCGAACGGUGUCGCAAGAUCCUUCUCUCGACGCUCUUCUAUUAGAGCACGAGGCGAGAAAAUUAGAUAACACUUUAUCGAACACUGCCAGUCUGCCUCCAGCAUUAGGUUUACCGUCUUCCUCGUAUAGAAGGUCGACUACACCACAACCAAAGUAGGGAAUAGAGUAGGUUUAUAGAGAUUGGUAAAAUUUUGAUUAGUCAUUUACGUAAUUAUAUAAUUAUUAAAUAAACCUAAUUGUUAAUUAACAAGAAAGAAAGAAAAAUAAUUGGUGCAAAAUAAAUUUAUACUUGUGGUGUAUCUUCUGGGAUAACGGGACUCUCAAAAAUGAAUUACUGGGACAACCUUCAGAGGCUGAGACAGACAAAGACUCUGCUGGGGAACUAUAUCUGCUGAAGAACAACCUACGAAUACUAACAGGUAUCCUAUCAGGGCAUUGUCACCUCAAUGGACACCUAAAGACAGUAGACUAAGCAGAUAACGCAGUGUGCAAAUGAAACCUCUAUCAACAUUCUCUCGAAGUAUGAGACACUACGUAACUCCCGAGCACUACACCUGGAAGCGUAUGAAAUAGAUUAUGAAGAUAUCUGGCAGCUACAGCCAUUCCACAUUCUGAACUUUCUAAGAGAAAUGGGAUUACCAAAUCAGAAAAGGAGACACGGUCGCAGUGUAUAUGAUACCCUAGCAUACAUUCAAAAAUGAUUAUAUUCAAUAAAAGCAAUUCAUUAAAUUUAAACAGUCAGAAAGAGAUGGUACAUCAACCAGCUGCUAUAUAGUGAACACCCGAAGCCAUUCGAGAAAAUCUAUUUAAUUCUCUUUGUUUUAGCUAUCAGUGCACCGUAAUUUUAUUUUCUGACUGGUACAAAAUAUGAUGCUAAAAAAAUAUAGCAAUUUAUAACUACAUCAAAAUGAUCAAUUCAAGUUGUUGUCGAUAAAGUCCCCUGGUUAUCUUCGAGCAAGUUGUAACCACUUUGUUCGUUCCCUUAUUGCUGUAAGACGUGAAUUAUGGAGGGUAGAGAGAAGGAUGAGUAUCUCAUAUGAGAGAAAACUUGAAAAAGUAUAUACAAUAAAUAAAAGUUCAAAGUGAAUAAAUAGUUUUUCAGGUGAUUUUACAAAGUAUUAGUACACUGAGGCACUAAACACCACCUUAAAAGACAUUUUAUAACAGAAAAACUUAUAAACACUAAACAAUGACGUCAACUGAUUACAAGCUUACUAUGUACUGACGUCAGUUCACUGCCAUAUUGGUAAUGACCAUUUCAGCGGGAAGUUCAAACCGAAACUUAAAAAACUUGAUUUGAAAUCUAAUGAUAAUAUAAAGAAACCUCUAUAUAUAUACUCGAAAUGACUAACUGCUCCGAACCGGAUGAAGAAUUUGUUAUAUUGGUGUUUUAUUGGAUUUAUUUGAAAAAAAAUUACUUCAACAUGAUUCACAGUGACCCACCGUUGAUAAAUAACGGUAUGAAAGUUGGAAUGUGAUAUCAGAUCUUGAAUUAUUUUAUUUAUAUUGAUAUUAACUUAUCACAAAAUUCUUUCAACAUACAAUAAUAAUUUUUUUACUCGUAAAUCUCGACAUUUUUUCGAUGCUCUUGGUUGCGAGUCAAUUUAAAACUGUGCCUCAGCGUAUUUAUCGUGUCUCACAUGUUCUAUACGAGCUUCUCUUUGCGCUUUGCAUGAUAUUCAAUACUUUGAAAUCAAAUUCGUCAAGAUGAACGUUUAAAUUUGACGAAAUUCAGACUCAAUACAACAAGAAAAGUUUCAUAUUUCGAGGUUAUAUUUUUGACGUCACUACGUGCUCUAAUUGUUUUGUUAACUUUACAGUGUCAGCUCAAUAUUUUUGUAUUUUCUUGUUACAUUUUUUUGUUUAUACACACUUUAAAUUAUGUAUUGUAACUUUUAAAUAAUUAAGUUGAGGUAAUUUUAUGUUUUAUUUAUUAAUAAGCAUGUACUGAGGUUUCAUUAGUACAAAUUAUAUGUCUUCAGGAACAUAACCUAGCGAUACAGCAGUCCUAAAUUAGUUAGUUCUCAUUGUAAUAAAGAUAAAAGCAAUGGAAGUUUAUGCAACUUUGCAAUUAAAUUUUGAUGUUUUUGUGAAAUUUAAUGAACUCUCAUUAUUUUGGAAAAACCAAUCUGUUUUUCCUGAAUACUCCACUAAUAGUUCAUAAUAAUUUACUUGGAAAUAAGAAUAAUUUUGUCGUAAUGACGAAUUUUAAAUUGUACCAUCUCUAUAGGAAUGAUUUUUUCUUUAUACAUUUGUAUUUAAAUUAUUUUCAGUUUUACUCAGUUUCGUGUGAUUUCUCAAUAAUUAAGUAGAAGUGCACCAAAGACUAUUUAUUUCAUUCAGCCUUAUUUAUUUGAUUCUCAUUUAUUACCAUCAGCAGCAUUUAUUAUCAUCACUCUUUUCACUGCCAUUUUAUAUAGUCCUACUUUUAUUCAAAUAAAUAAAAUAAUAUUAAUGGUAAAUAUCAUUGUCAUUACCAUUUCACUUAGUUGAUUGUGUUAAAGUAUGUAAUUUCAUUUUAUAUUUUACAAGUAUACUUAUUGUACUCCGUCCAUUUUUUAUAAAUUAGUCUAGAUAAAUUAUUGUGCUUCAAAUAAAUAAUUUGAAAAAAA